CGUCCACAAGCUUCUUCCUAAGUCUCACAGCUUUUUGUUUACAGUCUUCCUUAUAUUCUGCGAUGCAUGUAGCUAAUUGCCUGCUCCCGCGCCUUCCAACCACCCACCCUCGAGCCACCUCUGGAGGUGUUCUCGUCUAUUCUUGACAUUCUCUACUAUUUCAUAUUUUACAUUAUUUCAUCAGACAAAGGGACGACGGAUACGACGACAAUCAUUGCAUACAUUAUCAUGGAAUCUUUUCCUGUAUUCUUCAAGAUUCGGGCUAUAACUUUCACCUGCGUCAUCCUCAUUAGCUUUCUGUGGACUGUACUUCUUUCAGUCCAAGUUUACGCCCGCUGGGACAUAUCUGACCGCUGCAGUCGGUCGUUAACCGUUGUCUUCCUCUUGACCAACGCAGCAACGAUCCUCGUUUUACCUUUCCUACUACUAUUGAAGUUUCGGGUGUGGUUAGAUGCCGCUCGACUAUUGUUACUUGCAAUAGGACAGAUAGGAUCUGCUGCCGCUUUCACUCACUGGAAUCCUCAAAUACAGUGCCCAGAUCAAACAGCCGACCAGCAAGGUGUCUGCAAGUUGAUCAACCUCUACAUGCUUGUGGGCUGUUGGAUAGUUCCUGUCAUAUUGAUCUCAUAUGCUAGCUUCUUUGCUGCCAUGGUUUACCGCCAAUCAAGGAUACCCGUGGCGGUUGAGUCGCGCAAAGAAGUCUUUGGAAAUGUAGGGUCACCUCUCGCGGUAGACCCAGAAAUGGCCAUAGCUUCUCCCCCUGUUCUCGGCGUUCGGGUUUCGAUGCCACCCCUUCGCACUUCGUCAUCUGACUCUUUCUCACGUCUGGAGGCAAGUAUUACAUCUCCGCUCACGAUUAGUCCCAUGCCAUAUCGUGCCUCUCGUGAUUCGCAUCCUCAACCAGUAGCACUCGAUAAACGGAAUUCGCAGUCUCCUCAGCGACACCUAUCUCUCGCGCCAUCAUUCGCUGAUCCUGUACAGAUUGAAAGUAACGCUCGCAGGUCGGGACGAUUGUCAAAACCCCUACCACCUUGGUGUAUGUAACUGUUAUUGUAGUCCAUUUAGAUUUAUAUAAUAAUCGAUCAAUCAAUUUGAUACCGUAAA